UGUUAUAUAAAUCCUCUCCAGGAAAGAAUCAUGCAGUUGAUGAUGUCAUUUAGAGGCAAGGAAGAGAAUAAAAAAGACCAGGGAAUCCGAAGCUUGGAGAUGCCAACAGUAAAAUGUGACAUAAGCAUUGCCUCUUAAAAAACCAAGCAUCACUAGGUGGGAACAUUAUGGGAUAAAUUUAAUAAUAUCCACUGUCGCUGCCGUUCCCUUAAGAUACCUCCCUUCCCGUCCAUUAAAAUCCCUCCCUAAUUUCUCCCUACAACACCAUUUCUUUAAGCUCUACCCCAAGUCUCCAACUGCCCAUAAACCGUAUAGCUUGGGAGUGGUAGCUAGUGCAAUGACGAUCAGCCAGAGGGAGGAAGAGGCAAAUGAGGUAUCAAGCAACAACCAAGAUGCUGAAUCAAAGACAAGAUCCGAUGAUGAAAAAACAUCUGGAGAUGAUAAUUUAGGAGAGUGGUUGAGUUUAAGCCUCAGCAGAAAUGAGGCCUUCACAACUGGAGAUGGCGAUCCUCAAUCAAAACCAGCUGGUAACAAAAUUUUCUCAUGCAAUUUCUGCAUGAGGAAGUUCUUCAGUUCACAAGCUCUAGGGGGUCAUCAGAAUGCACACAAAAGAGAAAGGGGAGCAGCUAAAAGGUACCAAUCUCACAGGAUGAUGAUGGCAACCAUGGGGUUUCCCCUUAACUCUUUAACAAUCCGAUCACUGGGUGCCCAGCCUCACUCUCUUGCGCACAAGCCAGGCCGAGAAGGGACUGAAGUGGCAGCAAGAUUUAAUGAUCCCAACACAGGAUUCAGGAUGGCUUGGACACCCUUUGUGAUGGAAGAAGCAAUGGACUCAAUCUGGCCAGGAAGCUUUCAUGUGGACAAACUGCCCAGUCAAGCAUCUGAUCAACAUAAGCUUGACUUAAAUCUCAGCCUGUAAUACCCCAACUGCUUCAUCUCAUUCUGGAUUCCUCUUUUCAUGUUAGAAUUUUCAUAUCCUCUCAUCCAUCAAAUAAAGAUGACAUCUUAGGCGCA